AUGCCGGGCGUGAAUGACCUCUCUGAUAUCCCACUGACCACUGCCGUGGUUGAUAAGGACCAGCUCCAGCAGGCAGCCCACCUCCAAGAGCCCCUCCCCUCCUUUCACCACGGAGUGAUUAUUGUCGACUUCGACCCCAAUAUGAGACUUCAAGAUGUGCUGCUCGCCGCCGUCAUAGCGCGAGUGUACGGAAAUCCGGACCCCUUCUCCGAAGCCAAACUCGAGACGCCUGCUGGGGGGUUCGAUUGGGAUCCUGCCGAGGCUGACCCUAUUGACCAUGGGGGAUAUACCAGCAGCUGGCAUCACAAGCUUCACAGUCGUGAUGAGGCGUCACACAGUGGAUUGACGUUCCAUCCUGAGGGCGCACCGGGCAACUUUCGAUGUCACUAUCCACAGCUUGACCCUGACAUUUGGGAGUCAUGCAACAGGGCAAACUCUCGGACGUGUUGGUUGAGGAUGAAGAGGCCGGACAGUGAGGGGAGAAUUUACGGUUAUGAUAUUCACACCAACUGUUACACUAUUGAUGUUGCGACUGGAGUGAUCUACCCAGAUGGCUUCCCGAAACAAGCAUUGUUGUUCAACGGCACCUACCCAGGACCUCGUCUGGAGGCAUGCUGGGGUGAUGAACUCGUCAUCACUGUCAAGAACUCCCUUCCCAACAUGGGCACCCAGAUCCACUGGCACGGAAUCCGACAACUGUUCACCAACGACAUGGACGGGGUUGCCGUCACUCAGUGUCCCAUUGCCCGAGGCCACACCUUCCAGUACAAGUUCAGGGUGCUCCAAUACGGGUCGACGUGGUACCACAGCCAUUAUUCACUUCAAUACAGCGACGGUCUCUGCGGUCCUCUUGUCAUCCAUGGCCCGGCCAGUGCCAACUAUGAUGUCGAGGCUGAGCAGACGUUGAUGGUGUCUGACUGGGUGCGUGACAGUGCCUUCAGCGAGUUCCAUCAAGAAAAGACCAACGAAAUUGCAAAGGCAAACGUCAAGAUGGACACGUUCCUCCUGAACGGAAAGGCAGGCAUGAAUGCAGUUGGUGGACCGGGAAACUCACCAAGAGACGUUGAAGCCUACAGCGUGACACGGUUCACCCCUGGCGAGAAACACCGUCUCCGUCUCAUCAACAGCGGAUCCGGCGCCACCUUUGUCGUCUCCAUCGACGACCACGAGUUCACCGUCAUCGCCAACGAUCUUGUUCCUAUCCGGCCCUACACCACCGACCGCUUGGUCAUUGCCGUAGGCCAACGCUUCGACGUCAUCGUCGACGGCCAAAGAGAUCGCACAGGCAACUACUGGCUCCGCGCCCAACCCGCCGACGGCUGCAACGCCUUCAAAAAGGGAGUGUUCAACUCGACCGCCGGCGCCAACACGACCUACCCCCUGGACACCCGCGUAGGCAUCAUCAGCUACCCGUCCCUCCGCUCCCUCGCCCUCCCCACCAGCCUCUCAACCACCACCGACUUCUCCUGCCUAGACGCCCAAUCCUCCAUGGUCCCCGUAGUCCCCUGGACCAUCGCCCGUGAGCCCCUCAACCCUUUGUCUCUCUCCACCUUCUACAACGCGCGCCAGACCGUCCCCGACCAAACCCUAGGCCAGUCAGGCAACUACUCCCACUGGCUCUUACGCUUAGACCCCAACAUAGAACACCAAAUCGGCAAGUCGAUGCACUCCCCCUUCUGGCUCGACUUCUCCAACCCAACCCUCCUCAACCUCACCGGCGCGGCCGCAAACCCAAGCUACAACAUCGUCUACUACCCCUACCGUCGCGAAGGGUUCAUCUACAUGAUCAUUGACUCCUCCCUCCUCCCAGGGACUCACCCCUCCCAACUAGGGUCACAGAUCGUCCCCAAUAGGGGUGCGCACCCGAUGCACUGGCACGGGACAGAUGUUGUCAUCUUGGGGCAGUCAAACGAACGGUUCGAUCCUGUGACGAGCCCGGGGACGUGGAAUUAUGAGAACCCGCCUAGGAGGGAUACGGUGGUUGUUCCGGGGGGUGGGGGGUAUGUAGCUGUUGCUUUUCGGCCGGACAAUCCGGGGGUUUGGCUUGUUCAUUGCCAUAUCAGCUGGCAUGCUAGUAGUGGGUUGGCGUUGCAGAUGGUGAUUCAG